ACAAAAACAACUUUUUAACUGCAGUCAGCAAGAGCAUAAUAUUGCUCGCACUUUUGUUGUCGCUAUUGCUGCAACUGUUUGGGUUUUUUAAGCGAACGGCAAACAUUUAAAAAUUUCGAUUUCAGUCAACGUGCGAACGCGAAGCGAAAGAGUCUCACCACAAAGCCAACUAAAAACCGCACUUGCAGCUUGCAACAUUACAUUAAAGUGAUAACUUGUUCAAUGCUGCAAGUGGAUGCCACAAACACACGCACAAACGUAGAGUAAAAAGUGCCAACAAAGAAAAUUUCAGCAACAACAACGCUGAAAAUUGAAAAUUGCCAUAAAUGCCGCUGCUGUUAACGCGCACAGAAAUUCGACCCGCAGACCCAGAUGAAUGCCCCACUGAAAAUGUUGUUGCACGCCAAAGGCAUUACAAUUUCGGCGACUUUUAGUAUAUGGCUGUUAUGCUGUUGUUUACCAAUCGCGGAAUCACUCAUUGUGCCACAGGAGCUGCCCUCCAUACUAUCACUGAUCUACUCCAAUAUUCCACCUAUCAAAAAAGGUACCGAUUCCCGACUCGGCUUUGGUUUUCGUCUCGGCAAUCAUGCUGACUUCCAGGUACUUCUCGAGCUGGGACCACAAAAAAACACACGUCCAAUUGGCGAAGACGCCGACUCGGAGAACACGUUCAAUAAACGACAAGUGAGCAAGUCGCAUCGCGCACAUCUGCUGCGCAAGCAAGCACAGGAAGCAUUUCGACAGCUCGCCACCAGUACGACGAGCACAACGACAGAACGCACAGCCAACAGUUGGCUGGAGAGUUGGUCUAAUGCCAUGAAUACAAAUAACAAUGCGCCCUCCAGUGCCGGUAUAGCAGCGAGUAAGAAGAAAUCUGCGCCCAAAUAUGCACAAAACACGGUAAAGAAGCAGCAGCAGCUGGAGACUUUUGCUCCACCGGCAGCCAACAAUGUAGACCAGUCCAUGCAGCAACUGCAGAUGCUUUAUCGCAUGGCCACCAGCAGUAGCAGCACAACAAUAUCACCAGUAGAGAUCUAUGCCAGCACUGAGGCGCCAGUUAUGAUUGUGACGCCAGAGCCACAGUUACAGCGAUUACGUCCGACCUUUGUACCAUAUAAAGGUGGUUCCUUGAAUUUAGGCGGACCAGUGGGUUUCACGCCACGGCCUCUUGAAGAGUUAGCACUGCAGACCAUUUCAGAGCAACCGAGUGAGCGCAAAUCGAAAAGUGAAAUAACCAAGGAGCUGAUGGAUGUGAGUCUUGAGGAGGGCCAGUAGCGUUUUAACUAUACGAAAUGAAGUCAAACUUUUGUAAAUACUCUUUAUUAUAAAGAAAACACGAUUGUAUAUAAAAAUUUUAAAUUAAUGAGAUAAAGAAAAGAACAAUUUUGGAAAAA